AACGCAAAAAGUGCGAGCUGAGUCGAGUCGAGCUGGUACCAUGCAGUGGAAAAGCGGCAUAAUAAGUGUAUCUCCAGUCCACGCGUGCCUAUACAAUUCUCCCCCUUUUGCUUCAUAGUCUGCUAGUCCAAACCUUUAUAUAAAGUGAGUUAAAGCGAUCCUGACUCGGCAGACUUUUUCCAAAAGAACACGGCAUUACCGAACCAUGUGGUACAACAAGCUGUAACGUAAACAUCACGUGUUCACGUCCCCUUAGAAAUAUCCAUCUUAAAAUAUAUUAUUAUUAUAAAUAUCAAGUAGGCUAUCGAACACAACCUCCCUCUCCUUGUAUCGUAUCAUUAGCAGCUGAGGAACAUGGAUGCCCGCCUCCCCAAGCGUGCGCCCAAGCCCAAGCCUCCUGCUCAUAAGAGGGCCGUGCUUCCAGCGCUCACCAAGACCCAGCUGCGACCCCUCCGCUGUGAUGGUGUCCUGGAGCCAAUCAAAGGGAAGGACCCUCUGCCCCCGCCGGCCUUAAAGUCUGCGGCGGUGAAAAAGGCUCCUCUUAGGAAAGGAAAGACCCCCGUCCAACCAGACAGCACCAAGACCCAGAUGAGACCCGCCCUCCGUGAAGGUGUCCUGGAGCCGAUCAAAAAGAGGGUCACCUGGGAUCUGCCCCUGCUGGUCUUAUCGUCUGCGGCGGGGAACAAAGCUCCUCUUCAGAAGGGGAAGACCCCCGUCCAACCAGACAGCACCAAGACCCAGCUGAGACCCCCCCGCCUUGCUGGUGUCCUGGAGCCAAUCAAAGGGAAGGACCCUCUGCCCCCGCCGGCCUUAAAGUCUGCGGCGGUGAAAAAGGCUCCUCUUAGGAACGGGAAGUCCCCCGUCCAACCAGACAGCACCAAGACCCCCCCCCGCCUUGCUGGUGACCUGGAGCCAAUCAAAAAGCUGGCCUUAAAGUCUGCGGCGGUGAAAAAGGCUCCUCUUCCGAAGGAGAAGACCCCCGUCCUUCCAGACUUCGACACAACCCCACAGAGAGCUCCAAGCCUUGCUGCUACCCUCGACCAAAAGAAGCAGAGAGUGCAGACGGAGAAGUACCGGUGGUGUGAUGGCCAACGAUUGGCCACAGCAGAUGCCUUGUCAGUCUUCAGAAAACACCUGACACCAUUUGAGCAGAGGGAAAUCCUACAGUACAAGGAGGUGUGGUACCUUGGCAUAGCUGCAGAGAAGAUCCAGCAGAAAUGCCCCCUCAGCCAUGGUUAUGAUGACCGCAAGGGACACUACAAGAUGGUUAUCAAAGACCACAUCGCCUACCGCUAUGAGGUCCUGGAGGUGAUGGGUCAGGGCACCUUCGGUCGAGUCCUCAAGUGCAGAGACCACAAAACCAAGCAGCUGGUAGCCAUGAAGGUCAUUGCAAACGACCAGAGGUUUAAAGAUGAGGCGAAGGCAGAGGUGGAAAUUCUGGAGUUGCUCCAAAAGAACGAUGAGGAUGGCCUGGCCAACGUCGUCCACAUGAAGGAGUACUUUCAGUUCCGUGACCAUGUGUGCAUCACCUUUGACCUCAUGGGAAAGAGCCUCUUGGAGGUGUUGAAACAGAGAGAGUACAGAGGGCUGGGCGCCUCUCAGGUGAGGAGCCAUGCCAUCUCUCUGGUGCAGUCUCUCCAGUUCCUCAGUAGGACCGACAUCAUCCACUGCGACCUGAAACCGGAGAACAUCCUGGUAUCAGAAGGUGACCCAGCGGUCAUAAAGGUGGCUGACUUUGGGUCCAGCCUUCGUGAACAUCACAACACCAUACCUAUUGCCCAGACGAUGGCCUACAUGUCCCCCGAGGUCAUUCUGACGAAGGUCUUCACCAAGGCCAUUGACAUGUGGAGUCUGGGCUGCAUCUUAGCCGAGCUCAAGACAGGCCAGAUCCUAUUUAACGUGCUUGAUGAGUACGAGCUAGUGCUGGAAAUGACGAAGCUGCUGGGUGUUCCCCCAAAGCAUAUGCUGAAGAAGACCCGGCUUCAGGGCUUUCUCUCCGGUCAAAGAAACAGCAGAGACAUGACCAAGGCGGGUCUGUCUGUGGCCCUGAACACAGAGGACCCACUCCUUCUUGACUUCGUCCAGAAUUGUCUUGAAUACGAGCCGGCGAAGCGCAUGACCCCGGAUGAGGCCAGGCAUCAUCCCUGGAUUCUGAUGCACUUCCAGAGUCCCAGCUCCAGUGAGGACUCUUCUCCCCACCAGUCCACCAACUGGGAGCACAUGGUGGACUCCACCAGCGCCACAGCCCCGUCCACCUCCGGACCAGGGCCCAGACCGGUCGGAGCCAGGGACAGCAGGAGGGAGGGGGGCGCCAAAUGAAGCCCGUCGCGUCCUUACGGGGACAUGCACUGCUGCAUUAGCCCCCCAUACGCCUCGACGGUCUUCAGAAAACACCUGACACCGUUUGAGCAGAGGGGAAUCAAACAAGGAGGUGUGGUCCCUUGGCAUUGCUGAAAAGAAGGUUCAGAAGACAUACCCCCUUCGCAUUGGUAAUGAUGACAUCAAGGGACACUACAAGAUGGUUAUCAAAGACCACAUCGCCUCCUGCUAUGAGGUCCUGGAGCUGAUGGGUCAGGGCACCUUCGGUCGAGUCCUCAAGUGCAGAGACCACAAAACCCAGCAGCUGGUCGCCAUGAAGGUCAUUGCAAACGACCAGAGGUUUGCAGAUGAGGCGAUGGCAGAGGUGGAAAUUCUGGAGCUGCUCCAGAAGAAAGAUGAGCUUGACGUGGCCAACGUCGUCCACAUGAAGGAGCUCGUCCACUUUUAUUUGUGACGUGUUAUUCUGUAAUCUCUUCCAUGUUUGCAUGUCAAUAAAUCUGUUUUUUGUUUGUUUAAUACUGGCACUAAAUGUACAUACUGUACAUACUUUGAAUGUGAAGGCACAUACUGAACUUACUUUGCCUACAAUGGGCCAGGGCAGUGGCAUUGCAUUACGCCUAAAGGCUUUUCCAACAGAAGGACUUGCUGAGGUCAACAGCUUACUGCAGCUAUCAGAUGGAAGAUGUCUGCCUACUAGCAUACUGAAGAGAUUGCACUCUUUUAUCACUCCCUUCUAUUGUUUUAUUUUAUAAUCCUUUUAAUUUUUGCAUGCCACCAAAUCGUUCUCUUUAUACUGUACAUACUGUGCCAACAAGGUU